AUGUUCUUAAAACAUAUUAGACUUGAGUUUUUCCUUGCAAUUGUUUUUGAAGUAUACUCUCGAAAUUGUUUCUGUUACAUUUUGUUCGUCUCUCUCUCUCUCUCUCUUUCUCUUUCUCUUUCUCUCUCUUUCUCUUUCUCUCUCUCUCUUAGCACACUCUAUCUUUCCAUUUGCACUCAUCAGUCUUUUUGUCUCUGUUUUUCUUUCUAUUUAUCUCUUCUUUCUGUUGCUUUCCUGAAAAAUUCAAUCUCGUUUUCUCUCUCUCUCUCUCUCUCUCUUUCUCUCUUCUGUCUCAUUCAAUAUUCUCUUCUCUCUCCGUCUAUGCCUCCUUCCAUCACAUUUGAUCUCCUCUCUGUGCCAUUAUCAUCUCUGCGUCAUUCCAUCUCUCUCUCUCUCUCUCUCUCUCUCUCUCUCUAUCUAUCUAUCUAUCUAUCUAUCUAUCCGAGUUAUUUCAUCUAUCUAUCUAUCUAUCUAUCUAUCUAUCUAUCUAUCUAUCUAUCUAUCUAUCCGUGUCUGCCUCUUUCCAUUUUUUUCUAUUUUCUUUAUCAUUCUCUAUCAGCCACUAUCAAUCUUUCAGCCUUGUUCUAUUCUCGUGUUCCUUUACAUCUUUCCCCCUUCCAACACUUUCUAUAUCCUCUCUGUGCUACUAUUACUGUUUCUAUCUCCUUUCAUUUCCUUUCUGUCUCUCUCUCUCUGUGUCCGCCUCAUUCCCUCUGUCUUUCUCCUCCCCUUUUCAAUAUUAGUUUAUCUGCCUCAUUCCUUUUUCUUCCCUUUCUCUUUUGUUCCCGUCUCUGCAAUCUUUUAUCUCCUCUGAAUGUUACUAUAAUUUUUCUGCCCCCCCUUAUCUCUCAUUUUAUCUCCGCAUUUCUUAUUCUCUAUCAUUCUUUCCGCCUUCUUCCAUAUCUUUCUAUCAUUUUUUUAAUUUCUUCCUACGCAUGA